UCCUGCAUUAAAAGUAUAUAAGAGUGGGAUUAAGUUGUCACACAGUGGAGCCAACAGAGACUCAUCAUACUCAGAGAGACCAGUGACAUCAGGGUGGGACAGGCUUACUACUGGUAUCAAGAUGCCCACCACAACGAGAAUCAUUUCUGACACCCGGAAGUCAGAUAAAGAAAAAAAAGCCAAAGCUGGAAACACACCCACAGUCCCAGUCUAUGACCCAAACAUCCCUGAACCAAAAUGCAGAGCUGAUCUCAUCAAGCACUGGUUUGACCUUUCCCUCGAUGACAAGACAGCCCAUAAGUUGCUGUGGAUCACAGAGGGCGGUUCUAAGGUGGCCCGUAUGACUGAUGAUGUCACUUGUCCCGUCUUGGAUAGACCAGAGCGAUAUGAGUAUUCCCCACAGGUUCUUUGCAAAGAAGGAAUCCUGGGCUUCCGAGGUUACUGGGAGGUGGAGUUUUCAGGAUGGGUCGUGGUCGGAGUCGCAUAUGAACGAGCAGGGAGGAGGAACAGUGACGGUUCUUGCGGCCUGGGAGAGAACGAGAAUUCCUGGGGUCUUGGCUGGAGUGGUUCCAGCUAUAAUGCCUGGCACGAAAGCCAGAAUACAGAGAUCACGGGGAUUCCUAAGUUCUCCACACUUGGAGUAUACCUUGACCAGCCUGCUGGUAUCCUUAAUUACUACGCUGUGCAGGAGGUGAAGGAGGGAGAGGAGAGCACAGGGGGGAAGGAGGUCAUACUUUUGCACCAGGUUAAGACCUCCUUUACAGAAAAGGUUAUGCCAGGUUUCUGGGUGGGGCUACAGUCACAUUGUUUGAUUUUGAAGAAGGAGGAAUAAAAGACUGACUCAAAAUUAUAUUAUCAAGUCAGUCAUGAGCUGAACUGCCUGAGAGAGGAGCAAAACUAUCUCCUCCUUUUGUAAUAAAGCUGCUGUUAUGGCAGCUUCAAUACAAAAUGACUGGACAACACCAACACAGUCACAUUUUUCCUCCAUAUCAUUGGAACAUUUACCACAACAUAAACUUGCAUAAAUCCUAUGCACAUUACAUCAUAAUUAAAACAGCGCACAUGAAAUAUAUUCCUUAUAUUCAAUAUAUCUGUGGCACAGAUACUGUACCUAAGUGAGUAUAUUUCAGUAAAGGGAAUAAAGUGCAAUCAUGUUGGGGUUCAGUUGGGAUUGACCUUCCAUUGCUUUGGACUUUCCUGAAACCACCGGACCACCAAGGUUUAUACCAAUAUCUUUAUAUAUAUUUAUAUUCCUCCUUUGUUAUUGUUUGCUAAGAA